ACCCCAGAGCCGCCUCCCCAGCGCGCCUGCGCCUCAGGCCCGGCCGAGCGGACCGCGCACGCGCGACACACCUCCCGGAAGCGGCGAGCAACGGGCAGCGCCGAGGGUCAAAAAGCUCUCGGACAGGGAGGUGCUUGGUGCUGUGUAGUCGCCAUGGAGGAUGAUGCGCCAGUGAUUUACGGGCUGGAGUUUCAGGCACGAGCUUUAACGCCUCAGACAGCAGAAACAGAUGCAAUAAGAUUUUUGGUUGGAACACAGUCUCUCAGAUAUGAUAAUCAGAUUCACAUCAUAGACUUCGAUGAUGAAAAUAACAUUAUAAACAAAAAUGUUCUCCUUCAUCAAGUGGGUGAAAUUUGGCACAUUAGUACCAGUCCUGCAGAUAAAGGUGUACUAGCAACCUGCUACAAUAAAACUUCAGACAGUAAAGUCAUGACAUGUGCUGCUGUUUGGAGGAUGCCAAAGGAAUUGGAAUCAGGCAGUCAUGAAUCCCCUGAUGAUUCAUCAAGCAACACUCAAACCCUGGAGCUACUCUGUCACCUUGACAACACAGCCCAUGGCAAUAUGGCCUGUGUUAUGUGGGAACCAAUGGGAGAUGGAAAAAAAAUUAUUUCGCUGGCUGAUAAUAACAUAUUAUUGUGGGAUUUGCAGGAAAGUUCAGACAAAGCUGUGCUUUCUAGUUCUGCAGUCUUGGAAGGGAAAGGACAAUUAAAAUUUACUUCUGGAAGAUGGAGUCCACACCACAACUGUACACAGAUUGCAACAGCCAAUGAUACCACUGUUCGAGGAUGGGAUACACGAAGCAUGAGACAGAUAUAUUGCAUAGAAAAUGCACAUGGACAGCUGGUACGAGACCUAGACUUUAAUCCCAAUAAACAGUACUACCUGGCUAGCUGCGGAGAUGACUGCAAGGUGAAAUUCUGGGACACGAGAAAUGUCAUGGAGCCAGUGAAGACACUAGAGGAGCAUUCCCACUGGGUCUGGAAUGUCAGAUACAAUCAUUCUCAUGAUCAGCUGAUUCUCACAGGAAGCAGUGAUAGCAGAGUUAUCCUGUCUAAUAUGGUAUCCAUUUCUUCUGAACCAUUUGGACAUAUGGUAGAUGAUGAUGAACUGAGUGACCAAGAGGAUCAGCAUCAAGAAGAGAAGAUUUUUGUAUACAGGCCUGUGAGGAUUAAAGAGCCCCUUCAGGACAGUGUAAUAGCAACCUAUGAAGAACAUGAAGACAGUGUUUAUGCAGUUGAGUGGUCCUCGGCAGACCCAUGGCUUUUUGCCUCUUUAAGUUAUGAUGGAAGGCUUGUUAUUAACAGGGUUCCCAGAGCUCUUAAAUAUCACAUACUGCUGUAAUUUAAGUUGUGGUGAAGUUGCUAUCUUGGUGUAUGCAUUUGGUAGGUAUUUUUUCAGGGUUUGGUUUCUUUGUUUUGGAUUUUUUUUUAAGGAUCUAUUUUUUUCCCCAUUAUACAUGUUACCCUUUUGUUAUUAAUAUCUGUACAAAUACAGACAAUUUGUCUUUCAUGUUUGCCUUGGAAAACCGUGAUGCAUUUUCUGAAGGCUGUGCUAAUUGGAUGAUUUUUUUUUAAAGGACUAAUCACUUUAUAAUACAAAAACUUUCUGGGUCUAUUGAGUACUUGCCAUACUCUUCCUUUUAUUAUUGCAGCUUUAUGUGAAAAUAGUGCAUUACAGACAUAUUAUGCUAAUCAAAAACUGGGACAAUGUAGGGUGCAUGUAGCAGAAGCUGUCUGCUUGUUUACACAAAUAAUAUUUUAUCUUUUGAUAGAAGCAGCCUUCAGCUCUCAGCUAGGGCUGCAUCCUGCUAACACUCUGGCCAUUCUUUAGUGCUCAUAAACACAUGGUCUUAAUCGGCUUUCUUCAUUCAGUCUAAUAUUUUAAACCCUUUUCCUUCCAUUUUGCAUAUCUUAAGACCAAAUGUUGAUUGUGAAGGUGAAACCUUUAAAGUGUUGUUUUCCGUUUAAGCCUUACAGUCAUUUCAACAAAGUCUUAUCCUCUAAUUUGGAAACUAAAUACAGUUUUGAGCUCUGCGUUGUUACGGAAAACAAUAUUAGGUUUUACUGUAAUGGCAUAUGUACUCAUGCAGUGUAUUAUCCCAUGUUCAUAGAACUUAGCUGUGCUGUAGUAUAUUUUGAGGGACUCCAGAGCUAUGCCAUUGUUAACCUGAAAAAUCUCUUUAAUUUUUGGAAAUAGGCUCUCUUAUCCUUUUGGCUCUGUGCCAUUCUGCAGCAUGCUGCAAUGAUGGAGCAGGGUUUCAGCUAAGCACGCAGAGUCUUUUGCUGUAUCCCCACACCCCUUUGCUGUAGCCGUACCUUACCUUGGUGCUGGUAGCUGUCUUGUUAACAAACACUGAGCCCAGGCAGAUGCUGCCCUAUAGGAGAGUGCCCAGAAAACUUGAACUGUUAGAUGGAAGGCAUGGUGGAACAUGCCUGGGUACUGACACCCCUCCUUCCCUUUGCACAGCUUGAUGAGAACUCUCCUGCUUGUUCUUUGUGCACUCAGACUAACCUCAGCAGUCAUUAUUUCCUGUUGCCUUUUCAACAUUCUUAUUUCCCAUUAACUUCAGAGUCUGGGUUUAGGCGAUAGUGUUGGUUGUGGUGGCAUUGUGUAAGGCCUCUCUGAAGAAACAGCAACGAACAUGGAAUGGAAAGAUCAAUACCAGCCUCUUCCUGUGAUUCCUCCUGUUGCUAUGGCAACUGUGGGUGUUAGUAUUGAGAGACAGCCGGCUGCUCACCUCUGCUUGUCCUUACCGACUCUCGGAUCGAAACAUGUCCAAAAGUGAUUUGUUGUGUACACACAGCUGCUUCUGUGAGAGUGUGGCUGACUGCUAUAGCCCAAAACAUCCAGGAAAGAUGAAAGCUGGAUUCUGUUUCUGGCUUUCUUAAGGAGCUUACUUGAGAGAAUUCAUAGGAGUGAAGUAAUCUAAUUAAAUCAUCUACCCUAUUGUUUGUAUUUGUGUGAUGAUGGUGCCUGCCUGCUUCAGAGUGAAUGCUUCAUUGCAGAUUCACUUGGGCUGAUUUUCUGCCCUAAGAUUUUAAACUUGUGCUGUUUUUAGAUGAUCUGAGUAUGUAAUUAGGCAUGAGCUACUCACGUGUAAACUGCAAAAAAGACAACCAGAAAAACAUUUCACAAAUCAGUGGUGCUUUGGUUGUCUGAAUAUCAAAAGCCUUUAUUGGACUUCAGUGUUAGUCAUAUCAUCAUUUUGGUUGGAAAAAGACCCUUAAGAUCAUUAAGUCCAACCAUUCUCUAACUCUGCUAAUGCUAGUGCUAAACCAUUGGCCCCAGCACCAUAUCUCUGCCUCUUUGCAACACGUUCAGCCACCUUCCCCUUCUAGUCUUUGAGGAUCCUUUCAAACAUGAAGUUUCUUGUCCUAUCCAGCGUAAACCUCCCCUGGUGCAAGUUGAGGCCAUAUCCUCUCGUCCUGUCACUUGUUACUGGGAAGAGGAGAUCAAUAUCUGCCUCACUACAACCUUGGGUGCAGCACUUGUAUGUGUAGCUUCCAGUGUUCAGACAUCCCCUACAUUCUCACCUUCCAAAAAAUGAAACCGACACCAAACCCUGCAGUUUAUUUUUAUUGCUCUUUUGAAGAACGUUUUGCAGUUUUUUAAAGUCUAAUGAAAGGUUGCUGCCUCCUAAUGCACAUGGCUCACAGUGUGAAGGUAACAGGAAGUUAUGUAAAGGUAUGUGGGAUUUGAUUCGACUUUCAGCGUGUAAUAAAUUUGGGACAAAUUUCAGACUAA